AUGUACGUUUAUAAGAGAGAUGGUCGUAAAGAACCUGUCCAAUUCGAUAAGAUCACCGCCCGUAUAUCACGUUUAUGUUAUGGCUUAGAUCCAAAACACAUUGAUGCCGUCAAGGUCACUCAACGUAUUAUUUCUGGUGUUUACGAAGGUGUUACAACGAUCGAGCUAGACAAUUUAGCCGCUGAAACAUGUGCUUACUUGACCACUGUUCAUCCAGAUUAUGCCACUUUGGCUGCUAGAAUCGCCAUUUCUAAUUUACAUAAACAAACUACAAAACAAUUUUCUAAGGUUGUCGAAGAUCUUUAUAGGUACGUCAACGCUGCUACUGGUAAGCCCGCUCCCAUGAUCUCUGAUGAUGUUUACAAUAUUGUCAUGGAAAACAAGGAUAAAUUAAACUCUGCAAUUGUCUAUGACAGAGAUUUUCAGUACAGUUAUUUUGGCUUUAAAACUUUGGAACGUUCGUAUUUAUUAAAGAUCAACGGUCAAGUGGCCGAACGUCCUCAACAUUUAAUUAUGAGGGUUGCCCUGGGAAUUCACGGUAGAGACAUCGAGGCUGCUUUGGAAACUUAUAACUUAAUGUCUUUAAAAUACUUCACUCACGCCUCUCCAACUUUGUUCAAUGCUGGUACUCCAAAGCCCCAAAUGUCCUCUUGCUUCUUAGUUGCCAUGAAGGAGGAUUCUAUUGAAGGUAUUUACGACACUUUGAAGGAAUGUGCUUUGAUUUCUAAGACUGCUGGUGGUAUUGGUUUACAUAUUCAUAACAUUCGUUCGACCGGUUCUUACAUUGCUGGUACAAACGGUACUUCUAAUGGAUUAAUUCCUAUGAUCCGUGUCUUCAACAACACUGCCCGUUAUGUUGACCAAGGUGGUAAUAAGAGACCUGGUGCUUUCGCCCUCUACUUGGAACCAUGGCAUGCUGAUAUCUUUGAUUUUAUCGAUAUUAGAAAGAAUCACGGUAAGGAAGAAAUUCGUGCAAGAGAUUUGUUCCCUGCUCUGUGGAUUCCUGAUCUUUUCAUGAAGCGUGUGGAAGAAAAUGGAACAUGGACGUUGUUCUCGCCAACAUCUGCCCCAGGACUAAGUGACUGUUAUGGUGACGAAUUUGAAGCCCUAUAUACUCGCUACGAAAAAGAAGGCCGUGGUAAAACUAUCAAGGCCCAAAAAUUGUGGUACUCUAUUUUGGAGGCACAAACCGAAACUGGUACGCCUUUUGUGGUUUACAAAGAUGCUUGCAACAGAAAGUCCAACCAAAAGAACUUAGGCGUUAUUAAGUCAUCCAAUUUAUGCUGUGAAAUUGUUGAAUACUCGGCUCCAGAUGAAACUGCUGUUUGUAACUUGGCCUCUGUUGCUUUGCCAGCAUUCAUUGAAACAUCUGAAGACGGAAAAAACUCUACAUACAACUUCAAAAAAUUACAUGAAAUUGCUAAAGUAGUUACUCGUAAUUUGAACAAAGUUAUUGACCGUAAUUACUACCCCGUUGAAGAGGCAAGAAAAUCUAAUAUGAGACACAGACCAAUUGCUUUGGGUGUGCAAGGUUUGGCUGACACUUUCAUGCUGUUACGUUUACCCUUUGAUUCCGAAGAGGCUCGUUUGCUAAAUAUCCAAAUCUUUGAAACUAUAUACCACGCCUCUAUGGAAUCCUCUUGCGAACUAGCUCAAAGAGACGGUCCAUACGAAACGUUUCAAGGCUCACCAGCCUCUCAAGGAAUACUUCAAUUUGAUAUGUGGGAUCAAAAACCUUAUGGAAUGUGGGAUUGGGAUGCCUUGAGAGAAGAUAUCACGAAGCAUGGGAUUAGAAAUUCUUUGACUGUGGCACCAAUGCCUACUGCAUCCACCUCCCAAAUUUUGGGUUAUAAUGAAUGUUUCGAACCAGUUACUUCCAAUAUGUACUCUCGCCGUGUCUUAUCCGGUGAAUUCCAAGUUGUCAAUCCUUACUUAUUACGUGAUUUGGUUGAUUUGGGUAUUUGGGAUGAUGGUAUGAAGCAGUAUCUGAUUACACAAAAUGGUUCAAUUCAAGGUUUACCAAACGUUCCACAAGAACUAAAGGAUUUAUACAAAACUGUUUGGGAAAUCUCACAAAAAACCAUCAUUAACAUGGCAGCCGACCGUUCUAUCUACAUCGAUCAAUCUCAUUCCCUGAAUUUAUUCUUACGUGCCCCAACGAUGGGUAAGCUAACAAGUAUGCAUUUUUACGGGUGGAAGAAGGGAUUGAAGACUGGUAUGUACUACUUGAGAACUCAAGCAGCUUCCGCUGCAAUCCAAUUUACCAUUGAUCAGAAGGUUGCUGAUCAAGCUACCGAAAAUAUAGCAGAUAUUUCUAACUUGAAGCGUGCCACGUAUAUGGCUUCCAGCGCAAGCUACGCUGCCAGUGAUUUCGUGCCUGCAGCUGUCGCUGAAAAUGUAACUAUUCCAUCCUUAGAUAGCUCUUCAGAAGUUUCAAGAGAGGCGUCUCCACCUGCAGUCGGUAGCGACUCAUUGACUAAGGGAAUAUCUGAAUUAAAGGUCCAAGAAUCUAAAGUAGAAGUUCCAGAAGUACCUACCCCAAAGGAAGAAAAACCAACGCCUGUUGCAAAUGACGAGGAGACUGAAUUUGACAUUUACAACUCUAAAGUUAUAGCGUGUGCUAUUGAUAACCCAGAAGCUUGCGAAAUGUGUUCAGGUUAA